CAUUAGUCAGGCUCUGCGAGAGACCAGCGCGCAUGCCUGCUGGUGGACGUGGCAAUGACGUCACGCACCGGAAACUGUCAGCACGGAAACGGCAACCCCCGAAACUGUCGGCAAUCCGGCGACUCUGAAAAGCGACAGAUUUUCUAAUUAACAAUGAAGCGUGGGAUCAUUCAGGAGUGCUCACCUCCACCAAGUUCCUAGUGACCCUCUGCCUGUCCAGUGGUUUUAACUCUAUCUCUUUAAAUCACUGUAAACCACCGUAGAGGUGUUUAUAUUGGACUUUGAAAUCACCAGUACACCUCACUGAGGUUUCCAGCAUCAUGACUUGCAGGGAUCGCACCCUGGAGUUCCAGUCUGCCUGCAAGUCUCUGCAGGGGAGACAGAUACAGAAUGGUACGCUGGCAAAACCCAACCAUAAUGCUCUUAAACAGCGGAGUGACUUCACACUCAUGGCAAAGAGAAUUGGAAAAGACUUGAGUAACACCUUUGCUAAACUGGAAAAGCUCACAAUCUUGGCCAAAAGGAAAUCUCUGUUUGAUGACAAGUCUGUGGAGAUCGAAGAGUUGACCUACAUUGUAAAGCAGGACAUCAACAGUUUAAAUAAACAGAUAGCGCAGCUGCAAGACCUGGUUCGCUCCCGAAGCGGACAGAAUGGACGCCACAUUCAGACACAUUCCAACACGAUUGUUGUCUCCCUCCAGUCAAAGUUGGCAUCAAUGUCUAAUGAUUUCAAAUCCGUGUUGGAAGUGAGAACCGAGAAUCUGAAGCAGCAGCGCAGCAGAAGAGAACAGUUCUCCCAGGCACCAGUGUCUGCCUCACCUCUGCUUGCCAACAACUUCAGUAGCUCAGUAUUGAUGCAGGAUGAAUCCAGAAGCCUUGGCAGUGAUGUGGCCAUUGACAUGGAAUCGAGAGCCAAUCCCCUCCAACUGCAGCUUAUUGAUGAACAGGACUCCUACAUCCAGAGUCGAGCAGACACCAUGCAGAACAUUGAGAGCACCAUUGUGGAGCUGGGCUCCAUCUUCCAACAGCUGGCGCAUAUGGUCAAAGAACAGGAGGAGACCGUACAGAGGAUUGAUUCCAAUGUGGAGGACACUCAGCUGAACGUGGAAAUGGCCCACACCGAGAUCCUCAAAUACUUUCAGUCCGUCUCCUCCAACCGCUGGCUCAUGAUUAAGAUAUUCCUCGUACUGGUGGUCUUCUUCAUCAUAUUUGUGGUCUUCCUUGCCUGAGAGGAAAGGACCAUGAGGAGCGAUGGGAUUAAGAAGUAGACGGUGUGGAGCAGCCUUGGACUCUUAUUGGGCGAUGUGCAAAAAAAAUGAAGUAGACUGGACGACAAUAAUUUUGCCAGGAGAGCGGACAAAUUGUACCACUUACGUGUUGUAUGCUUUUACUGAGAAUGAAAAAUGUUAGUUAAAUUAUAGAAACUUGUGUGGUUAGUCUUGCUCUCUGCAUAGAAUAUGAUGAUGAAGGCAGUUUUAAAACAUCCUGCCCUAUUCAGGGAGCGGUGUCAGAUUUCAUUCUUGUCUUUUCUCUUUGUUACCUUGAGACAUAUACAUUAUAAAAACUGAGCCUUCACUUACCAUACGUACUUUAAGGAGAAGGCUAAUAUUGUGAAUGGUUUGAUUCUGCAAACUGGUUUAGUUAGUUUUUUUUUUUCCUGACAGUGUUAUCAGCAAUCAGUGAUAACAUGAAUGAUGUAAAAGAAUCGCUUUUACGAUAAAUUAAUAUGAUCACUUGUACAGGUCUCCCUAUGAUAAACUUUCAAUCUUACCUGUGCUUCUUCCUGUCUCCUGUUUGUAUAAAGGAGAAUUAGUCCUUUGAUAAAAACUAAUAAUGGCCUUGUAAUGGCUUUUUACUGUAAAUUGUUGAAAGAUUUCCUUAUUUUCCUAAUUUUUAUUUUCCAAAGCGUAUACCAAGCUAGGUACUCUUGUCUCAUGAUUUUACACUUUGUAGGGUAAAUGAAGACUGUCGUUAGUGCAUUGUUGACAAUUUGCAACUUAACCAUAAAGUGAGCCAAAACAAAAGCAUGACUUUUAAAACAAUGUGAAGUUGUAAAGUGAUAAGCUUUGGAUCAACCUCCUCAGUCACUAUUAAUGCAGAGUUUGCAAGAUUCCCAGGCUUAUAUGAGGAACAAACUCUGUAGUAAAUUCUAAAUGACUAAGGCAUCAAUAGAUACUAACAUCAGCACAUGUAAAGUCUCUCAACAUUAAGUUUCUCAUUCAGUGCUUUCAUUAGUCAAUUCAUUCUACAUACACAAAUGUACAGCAUAUUAUUUAAUGAGCACUUUUUUUUUUAUUAUGUAUGUUUCCUCACUUUUUUUAGCUGAAUUACUUGCCUCAACUUGGAACUGAAAAUGGUAACUGAUUUCUGGAAAGUAACUGCAUAUUAAAAACAAAUCUACAAAC